AUGGCUACUUCAAACCAUUCUUCAGGGGCUGAGUUUAUCCUGGCAGGCUUGACACAACGCCCAGAACUUCAACUGCCACUCUUCCUCCUGUUCCUUGGAAUAUAUGUGGUCACAGUGGUGGGGAACCUGGGCAUGAUCUUCUUAAUUGCUCUCAGUUCUCAACUUUACUCUCCAGUGUAUUAUUUUCUCAGUCAUUUGUCUUUCAUUGAUCUCUGCUACUCCUCUGUCAUUACCCCUAAGAUGCUGGUGAACUUUGUUCCAGAGGAGAACAUUAUCUCCUUUCUGGAAUGCAUUACUCAACUUUAUUUCUUCCUUAUUUUUGUAACUGCAGAAGGCUACCUUCUGACAGCCAUGGAAUAUGACCAUUAUGUUGCUAUCUGUCGCCCACUGCUUUACAAUAUUGUCAUGUCCCACAGGGUCUGUUCCAUAAUGAUGGCUGUGGUAUACUCACUGGGUUUUUUGGGGGCCACAGUCCAUACUACCCGCAUGUCAGUGUUGUCAUUCUGUAGGUCUCAUACGGUCAGUCAUUAUUUUUGUGAUAUUCUCCCCUUAUUGACUCUGUCUUGCUCCAGCACCCACAUCAAUGAGAUUCUGCUGUUCAUUAUUGGAGGAGUUAAUACCUUAGCAACUACACUGGCGGUCCUUAUCUCUUAUGCUUUCAUCUUCUCUAGUAUCCUUGGUAUUCAUUCCACUGAGGGGCAAUCCAAAGCCUUUGGCACUUGUAGCUCCCAUCUCUUGGCUGUGGGCAUCUUUUUUGGGUCUAUAACAUUCAUGUAUUUCAAGCCCCCUUCCAGCACUACUAUGGAAAAAGAGAAGGUGUCUUCUGUGUUCUACAUCACAAUAAUCCCCGUGCUGAAUCCUCUAAUCUAUAGCCUGAGGAACAAGGAUGUGAAAAAUGCACUGAAGAAGAUGACUGGGGGAAGGCAGUCAUCCUGA